AUGGUGGUUCAUACAGACUCCAAUCCUCCUUCUUUCACCAAGCAAGAUGUGAGCCAGCAAAGGCAUCUGGAGGAGGAAAACGUGAUAUUGAAGGAAGAGCUGCAGAGGCUUACUGCGCAAUUGGCGGAAAUAUCCAGACUGGAGAACGACUUGAAGGCAGCAGAAAGAGAGGCCAAGGCUGAUGAGGCCAGACAGACUGUGGAGAUCGUGUCAGCAGAGAAUGCGCAGCUGGGGGCGCACGUGCAGCUGCUGGAGAGCGAGUUGGAGGCUGUCCAAGCAGGGUCGCUUGGGCGGAACCUGGGCAGCAAUGAAAACUCGCCUCGCGGCACCGAGGAACAUCCUCUUGUGUUUGAGGAGGCCCAUGGGGUCACGCCUCAGGCAGCAGCGGCAGAGCAAGGGCAUGAGCCUGCAGAGGAAGGCGCAUCCCCUGCAUUCUCGCUCAUUGAGAAUUCGGCCUAUGAUCAGGAUGGCACAGGAGCCACUCGGCCUUCCACAGCAGGCAGCCGCGAAGAUGCAAGCUCUGCCGCGGACAAGGAAGGGAUGGCCACGGCUGAGAAGGCUGAGGCUGACUUCCACUUCAGCAGCCUCAAGCGCAAGUGGCACGCGGAGGAGGGCAAGUACCUGGCGCAUGAGCUGCGACGAGCGCAGGAUCUGAAUGUGCAGCAGGAGAUGGAGCUGGAGUCACUGCGCCAGCAAGUGGCCGCCCUCAGCAGCGAACAACUGGAGACUUUGCGCGAGAAGGCUGCGCAGGCAGACUCUGCUAUGAAAAUGGCAGAGAAGCUCCAAGCAGAGAUGGCUCUUUUGCAGGAGCAAGUUGAGACUUUGCACUCUCGGGACAACCAUGUUGCAGAGUUGAAGGAGGAGGCGCAGGCUGAAGCUGCCACGCUGAGACAGCAGCUUGCAGAGCUCACAACAAGCCUUGAGGAAGAGAAGGCGCGAUUUGUUCUUGCAGACAAUCAGCUGCAGGCCAGUCAAGCCCAGCAGAAGGAAUUGGAGCUCGACCUGCAGCUCAAGGCACAAGGCGAUAGUGAGCUGGAGAGUGCACUGACAGAGGCCAAGGGGAAGGUUGCUGAAUUGCUUCAGCUUGAGGAUGCCCUGAGAAGCAAGGAGGAGGAUGUGAAGAUGAUGUCAGAUCAAAUUGCUCAGCAGGAGGCCGAGCUGACGCUUCUGAAGAGAAGAAAAACGGAUGAUGACGUGGAGAAGCAGGAGAGGCUUCUGGAGCUGGAGACAAGCCUGCAGAUUGCCCAAGAUGAAAGAGAGAAAGCAAAAGCGCAUGCUGGUGCAAAAGAGGAAGAGGUGGUCAGGCUGAAGGGUCAUGUGGAAAGGGCAGAGCAGGCCUCGCACCGUUCCGCUGCUGAGCUAGAGGCAAGGCUGGCAGCUGUGGCAUCCGAGCUCGACGAUGCCAAGGUUGCAUUGGCAGACAGGGAGCGUGUGUGUGGCGAGCUCCAGAUGACAAGCUCAGGGGCUGAGGCAGAAAUAGCAUCCCUGAAAGGCCAGUUGAAGCAGCUGAUGGACAAGCUUGAGGCAGCAAUUGAGGCGAGCAGAGCCGUUCCCUCGGUAGGAGGUGAGGCAGCUAAUGGCGAUGCAGACGCAAAUCAGCAGUCUGCGGCAGCCCAGGGAGAUGCCGAGAAAGAGCUGAUCGAGCUUCAGAAGGCUGUGUCUCUCAGAGAUGGCGAUGUAGAAGCCCUCAAGAAGCAAUUGGAAGCAGCAUCAGCACGUGCAGAUGGCCAUUACGCAGCCCUGCAAGAAAUCAACGAACAACUCCAGGGUAUUCAACGCUCCCAUACGGAGGCAUUGCAGAAGUCCGCAACAGCCGUGCAAGAGAAGGAACAGGUGGCGGCAGAGAUGGAGAAGAUGGAGAAGGCGCAUGCUGCAGAGCGUCAUGGGCUCAAGGAGAAGCUGGAGCGGCUGCAGAGGGCCAACAAACAGCGGCGCGGCGAGAUAGAGGAGAUGCAGACAAAGCUCUCCUCCAUGCACCAGCGCGCUUCCGCCUAUGACCAGACGUUCCAGGAGCUGCAGCAGCUGCGGAAGGAAAACCUUGACAUCAAGCCGCUGGCCGCUGCGCAUCCGCAGCUGUUGGAGGAGGUCAGCGCCUGUCGCGCAGAGGUCAAGGCGGCGGAGAAGCGCAUCGCCAGCUUCGAUGCGCUUGCCAAGAAGGCUGCGACAGUCUUCGAGGCGCGGCUUGACGGCGUUGGGCGGGAGAAGGAUCAAUUGCUUGAGCAGGUGGCCGUGUUGAAGUCAGCAACAGUGGCCAACGAGGCACUGCAACUCCAGGCUGCCGCUGCACAGCGCGAAUUGACCACAGCCCUGGAGGCGGCGGCUGCAGCAGCGGCCCACCAGCAGCGGGCGGUGGCUGCCGAGAAGGCUGCCGCGGAAGCCAGGAAGGAGGCACAGGUGGCCCAGGCGGCAGCCGCUGCCAUGGAGGAACGCCUGCAGGCGGCGGAAGAGGAGAUGGACCGCAUCACAGGGGCGGUGGAGGAGGAGCGGGCAAGGCGGGCGGCGGCUGCACGUGCUUAUGCCGAGGAGCUGGAAGGGCUGCCGCUCAAGCCGGUGAGCUCGUGGCCAGCACCCGUGCGCGUUCUGGUGCGCCAGCGCGAGGCAGCUGCUGCAGAGGCUGGAGCGGCAGGUGUGCGGCAGGAGGCAAGCGCUGCGGAAGCGGCCCUGGAGGCGGAACUGGAGGAGGCUCGCGUUGCCCGAGACAGCGCCGAAGCCGAAAAGCGCCAGGCUAUCGCCGCCAGGGACAAGGCUGAGGCGCACACAGCGGGCGUGAGCAAAGAGCUGGCGGAGAGGGAGGAGUGCCUCGGGAACCUGCUGCGGGCUGCUCGGGCAGAAGCAGCGGCUGCCAGCGAGGAACACCAGGCAGAUAUAGCCGAGCUGCGGCACACGCUGGAGCUGCGAGUUGCAACUGUCCGCGCUGAUGUAGCAGACUGGCAGGUGUGA